CUGACCAAUUAGCUCACUUUUUAUCCGCUCAUCUGCUUAUAAAUUUCUCCAGACUCAAGUAGUGAUGGUGCACCACCUCAAGAUCAUCUCAGUGCUUUUUAUGCACACUUUGAAAGGGAGAAUUACAACACUACUACAUGAUCCUGUCAUCUUAAUCUCUGAGGCUGGCAUCAGUGCAUCAAGAGAACAAACCAACAGGAAGCAGCUGCCCAGACAGCAACCUGGUGGAGUGCUGAAUGUCUGUACAGACCGACUGGCUGAGGUGGCGUGGCUGGGAAUAAACAUCUUUCUAUUUGUCUAUUACUAUGGAGUCUAUGAAUAUAAUCCAGAAUAUUACUACACAAGGAUAAUUCUCGGAUCUGCACUGGCCUGGGCCCGAGCUCCAGCUGCCUGCCUCAACUUUAACUGCUUGUUGAUCUUGCUGCCUGUUUGUCGGAAUUUACUCUCCUUUCUCAGAGGAUCCUGCUCGUGCCGCAGAUGCAGUGUAAGGAAACAGCUGGACAAGAACCUCACAUUCCAUAAACUUGUGGCAUACAUGAUCGCCUUGCACACAGCAAUUCACAUUGUGGCACAUUUAUUCAACUUUGAAUGGUUCAACAACAGUCAACAGUCAACAGAACAGACUCUGGAUGCUGUACUAUCGAGAAUUGGGGACAAUAGUUCCAAAUGGUUGAAUCCUAUUCGGUCUGCUCAUACGACCCCCAGUUAUGUUACAUUCACCACAAUCGCUGGCUUAACUGGAGUCAUCAUCACACUGGCCCUUAUCCUCAUGAUCACAUCUUCAACAGACACCAUUCGGAGAUCUUACUAUGAAGUCUUCUGGUUUACACACCAUCUCUUUAUCAUAUUCUUUGCAGGACUUGUCAUUCAUGCAAUUGGCCGUAUUGUUCGACGUCAGACUGCUGAAAGCAUGGAGGAACAUAAUUUUGAGUACUGUAAAAAUCUUACAGCAGAAUGGGGAAAGAUCCCUGAAUGUCCAAUCCCUCUGUUUGAGGGAGGAGAUCCUGUGACUUGGAAAUGGGUGCUUGCCCCAAUGAUACUGUACGUCUGUGAGAGAUUGAUACGACUAUAUCGAUCACAACAGAGGGUUGUCAUCACCAAGAUUAUUGUUCAUCCAUCAAAAGUCCUUCAGCUUCAGAUGCAGAAGAAAGGUUUUAAAAUGGAAGUUGGACAAUACAUCUUCAUCAACUGUCCAUCCAUCUCACAGCUAGAAUGGCAUCCGUUCACUCUGACCUCCGCUCCAGAAGAAGAUUAUUUUAGUGUGCAUAUUCGAUCAGCUGGCGAUUGGACAGAUGGCAUGAUCAAAGCAUUUGGAGAAGAAGGAGACGGGGGACCAAAACAAACACAACCAAGGAUUGCAGUGGAUGGUCCUUUUGGAACAGCUAGUGAAGAUGUCUUCCAUUAUGAGGUCAGUGUUCUUGUUGGAGCCGGCAUUGGAGUGACACCAUUUGCAUCAAUUCUGAAGUCAAUCUGGUACAAGUACGAACAUUCUAACGCUGAACUGCGAACCAAAAAGAUAUACUUUUUCUGGAUCUGUCGAGAGACUCAGGCAUUUGAAUGGUUUGCCGACUUACUCCGAUCACUUGAAAGCAACAUGGAACAACUAGGCAAACCUGACUUUCUCAACUACAAGCUUUACUUGACUGGAUGGGAUGCCACGCAGGCUGUUCACAUCAAGGUACACUUUGAUAAAGAGACUGAUGUGGUGACAGGACUCAAACAGAAAACACACUACGGUAGACCUAACUGGGACAAAGAGUUCCAUUUGAUUGCACAAGCUCACCCCAAAACAAAAAUUGGAGUCUUCCUGUGUGGACCACAGCCUCUGGCUCAAGCUCUGGAACAAUGCACAAACAAGUACUCAGAGAUCAACCCCUUGGGGGUUCACUUUCAUUUUAACAAGGAGAACUUCUAGGUUUUGGAAGAAAGAACUGGAAAAACAAUAUGAACAGCAGAUUCCUUUCCCCCCACCUAAAUUUAAAAUUUCUGAAUUCACAGAAGCAUAAGGUCUUGAAACACAUUUACAUGCAGGCUACAGUUCUUCAGGCUACUAUUUGCCCCCAAUUCAUUUCAAUGGAUGUAAGAUUGUGGACUGCUCAAGUUCACCAUCACAUGGUCUGGACCAACUCCUCAGACUCAGCGCUCCAUUCAACAAAAUCAUAGCCAAUGCUUUAUCUUAGCCCCCUGGACAGUAUUUUUUUGCUUUUACCUUUCUUUACAAAUGGUGCCUAAUCUGCAGAUUUCUGUCUUUUUUUCUUGUUUUUACAAUGAAAUCUAUUGCUUAAUUGCAGCAGAAUCAACAAGGUAUAUGUUAAUAUUAGACAAUUUUUGUAAUUCCAUGAUGCAUUAACAUAAUCAAGCUUACUGUUAAACAUGUUUAAGUCACAUCACUGUCCAUGUAUGAAUAUUGUAAACAGCUAAAGAUUUUAUAUUUUUAUGAGGGAUAUAGCUCUUUAAUAUUCCCUAUUUCAGCACCAUGUGUUUUUUUAAAAAGGUCAAGUUCUUAAGAUUAACAUUAUGAAUUCAUUACAAGAAGUUAUUACAAGUAGAUCACAGACUAAACAGUGGUGAAGAUGAACACAAUUGUUACUGAUGAUGUAAAUGUUGCUUAUUACAGUAAACUGUUUAAAUUGUGUUAAUGUGACAGGAACACAAACACCAAUUACACAUGACAAGUAUAGUCGCAAAAAAUUCAUUUUGUUCUACUCCAAACCCUCCUUUAUUGCCACUCCCACUCCCAUACUCAGAAACUUGCAUAUAUUUUCAACCCCACCCUAGGCAAAUAGUCACUAAUAACUGUUCAAAGUUUGUCUUCCUGGAUUUAUAGAAGCUAAAUCUCACCUUCAAAUUUCAUUAAGGUGAGCACUAUUCUUAAAAGGUGUUCAGAAAAACUCACUUCUAUGAACAGUUUCAAAUCAUGCUCUCUUUAUCUAACUCCUGUACAGAAAUCUAUUAUUUUUUGCUCAUAAUGCUCUUCACCAAAUACAAAUGUACAUUUAUAUACCUUCUUUAAUGUAGCAAAUCAUUCAAGCAACUUCACAGGAACAUAAUCAAGUACGAUAAGAACACAAGAGCAGGAGGUAGCCUUUUGGCUCAAGUCUGACCCAUCAUGAUCAUGGCUGAUCUAUCCCUGGUUGCACAUCACUUCUUCAGUGCUAGUUCCCUAAAGAUUUCAAGUGUCCUGAUCUUUGAAAAAAAAUCUUUCUUCAAAUACUUGCAAUGCUCUGGCCUCCAUAAUCUUACAAGACAGGGAAUUCCAGAGAUUCGCUACCAUCUUCAAGAAGUUCCCAUGCACUUUAACUUUAAAGGACAAUCUCCUAACCUUCUAAUAACAUCCCCUUAUUCUAGAUUCUUCCAUUACUUGAAAUAGGUUGGCAUCUGUCUGUCAGGUUUCUUGAAUAUCUAUGUUUCAAUAAGAUCAUCCAUCCUUCAUACAAAUAAACUUAUAGACCUCAUCUUUUAUAGUAACUUGUGAUAGGACAACCAUUUCAUCUGAAGAAUUAACCUCUUAUUUUUGGACUACCUCCAAUGCCAGUCAUAUAAAUUCUUAAAUAAGGGGUUAAAAUUGUGCAGUGUCCCCCCAAGUAAUCUGUACAUUUGUAACAAUACCACCCCAUUUCUAAACCCCAACCUUCUUGCAAUAAAUGCCAAGAUGCAAUUUGCCUUUCAAACCAAUUGCCACCUAAAUUACUCUAUAUUUCCUUACCUAUAAUCUUUCUUCAAUGAGAUAAUAUCAUGUCUUUUAAUUCCUCUUAGGAAAGGCAUAACUACACUUUUCCACAUUAAACUCCUACGGUCUUAUUUCUCACCCACUUGCCCAGCUGAUCUAUAGAGACAAAGACGUAUGGACUGUAAAGGGGGGGAGGGGUGAACACCAGGAUGAGAGCAAGUGGGUGAAAAAUGAAGCAGUUGGAGUUUAAUGUGGAAACAUUAACAAGUACAAGGAUGAUGGGUGAAUGGAUUAUGUUAGAAUCCAAGUGGUAUACAGAACAUAGGUAAACAAUGUCCUUAAUAACAACAAAAUAGAAAAAGAAACACACAGGGAAUCUGCCUUGCAUAUAUAAGAAAAUCUGUAUGAUUGUCAAGGAAUAGAGAUUCUGGUGUUCAAACCUUGCUUGGUGGGCAGUCUGCUGGUCAAAGAGCUACCAAGCCAUCCAUUCAUUCACUCCAAAAUUCCAGAAUGUUAAAAACUGCUUUUCUAAUUCUGCCAGACAAGUUUAGGACUGCUGAUGGAAUUAUGAUUAAAAACCUAGGAAAACAACAUAUUCCUAGUAAUUCAGUCACUUGUGUGUACUAACAGUAGACGUACAAUACUCCAGCAGUGGUUUGGAACCCACUCAAGAAAUAUUUUUUUAUAUUCAAAAGUUAAAAUCAUUUUCAGUGCAUUUCCUGGCACCGUAUAUUAAUUAGGCUACAGUGAAAUUUCACUCAGAUACGACCACUAAGACUAUACUAACUGUACAAAAGUUACUUUAUAUACUAUAAAUAAAGAAAUGAAAUUGAGCCUGGAUGUUGAGAUGAUUUUUAUUUCUAUUUUUUAUAUAUAUAUGUGUAUAAUGUUCCAACAGUGUCACAUUACUCCAACAAUUCAACAACUGAGAUCAGAAACAAACUUUAAUGCCAAUAAUCAUUAGGAAGUCUCAAUGGCUGUAGUUUUAACUUGUUUUUAAAGAUGCAUUGGGGGGAGAACAAAAGACUAUGAAAAAGUCAUAGUAAGGAUCAACAGUUUACUAGUAAAACAUUUGUGCUACAAGGAAAAUGGAGCCCGUCUUUACAAAGGGUAAAAAUGGAGGGGAUUUAAAGUCAUAAUAAACAUGAAGAAAAAAUUGUAUGUGCUUUGCUUUUCAAACUGAUAGUGUGAAAUUGUUUUUUAAACUAAGUAUAAAUGUCAUAUCUAAUACAUUGAAGUGGUUGGUAUAAAUCAGUUUUUAAAUGAAAAUUCUUUAAACCCCAAAAUACCUACAA